AAGCAGGAGGAGAGGAAAGAAGAGGAGAUGAAGCAAGAGGAGGAGGAGAGGAAAGAAGAGGAGGUGAAGCAGGAGGAGAGGAAAGAAGAGGAGGUGAAGCAAGAGGAGGAGGAGGAGAGGAAAGAAGAGGAGGUGAAGCAAGAGGAGGAGGACAGGAAAGAGGAGGAAGAAGAGAGGAAGAAAGAGGACAGGAAAAAGGAGGAAGAGGAGAGGAAGCAAGAGGAGGAGGAGUUGAAGCAAGAGGAGGAGGAGAGGAAAAAAGAGGAAGAGGAGAAGAAGAAAGAAGAAGAGAACAGGAAAAAUGAGGAAGAGGAGAAAAAGCAAGAGGAGGAAGAGAUGAAGCAAGAGGAGGAAGACCGUAAAAAAGAGGAAGAGGAGAGGAAGAUAGAGGAGGACAGAAAGGGAGAGGAAGAGGAGAGGAAGGAGGAGGUGAAGAAGAAAGAGGAGAAGAGGAAAAAGGAGGAGGUGAAGAAGAAAGAGGAGAAGAGGAAGAAAGAGAAGGAGAGGAAAAAAGAGAAGGAGAAGAAGAAAGAGGAAAAGAGGAAAGAGGAAGAUAAGAAAGAGGAGGAGCAGCAGGAGAGUGCAGAGCCCCUGCUGCAGCCUCCUUGUGCCCCUGCUGAUGAGGGUGUGGAUGAAACCUGCCUUGCCCAGGAGGCCCCCAGGGCUGAGCAGCUGGAGGAAGCUGAGAUAAGCAAUCUGCAAGGUGCCCCUGUGCAGGAGGAAGAGGAGCCAGCUGAAGCUGCUGAAACUGAUGCUGAAGGUCACCCUCCCACCGUGGAGAUCAAGGAUGUGGACAGCCCAGAGCGUGCUGUGGAGAUCCACGGCACCUAUGGAGAGCUGCCUGCGGCCGGCGCCCCCAAUCUGCUGGCCGUGCCCGGCGCUGCAUCCCCCAGGAGAAGGCGACUGCUCCCUGAGGAUGCUCUGGACAGGGGGCUGGUGAGCCAAUCCCCCAGCCAAGGGCUGGGCUGGGACCAGGAGCAGAGGGAAAGCCUGCCCGAGCGCAUCGGCUCGGCCUCGAGCCUGAGCAGUGCCACCAUCAACACCCGGCUGCAGGAGCUGGUGAGGCUCUUCAAAGAGAGGACUGAGAAGGUGAAGGAGAAGCUCAUUGACUCUGAUGUCACCUCAGAUGAUGAGAGCCCCGUGGCAUCUCCCAGCAAGCCAGCACCUGCAGCAGCAGCAGCGCCUGCCCCAGGAGGGGAGCUGGAGGGGGACAAACCUCUGGGGGAUGAUCACUACUGUGAGAUGCUGUGCUGCACCUUCAAGCGCCGGCCCUGGCUGCAGCACCUCAAGAGUUACCAGUUCCCCAGCAGCAUUGACCCCCUGACCAAUCUGAUGUACGUGCUGUGGCUGUUCUUCGUGGUCAUGGCCUGGAACUGGAACUGCUGGCUGAUCCCCGUCCGCUGGGCCUUCCCCUACCAGACCCCAGCCAACAUCCACUACUGGCUGCUGGUGGAUUACCUGUGUGACCUCAUUUACCUGCUGGACAUCCUCAUCUUCCAGACCCGGCUGCAGUUCGUGCAGGGGGGAGACAUCAUUACUGACAAAAAGGCCAUGAAAGAGAACUACCUGCGGUCACAGCGCUUCAAGAUGGAUGUGCUGUGCCUGCUGCCCCUGGAUUUCUUCUACUUCAAAGUGGGUGUGAAUCCCCUGCUGCGCUUCCCCCGCUGCCUGAAGUACAUGGCCUUCUUCGAGUUCAACAACCGCCUGGAGGCCAUCCUGACCAAGGCUUACAUCUACAGGGUGAUUCGCACCACUGCCUACCUGCUGUACAGCCUGCAUGUGAACUCCUGCCUCUACUACUGGGCAUCAGCCUAUGAAGGACUGGGCUCCACCACCUGGGUCUAUGAUGGGGAAGGAAACAGCUACAUCCGCUGUUACUACUGGGCAGUGAAAACUCUCAUCACCAUCGGGGGCCUGCCAGACCCCAAGACCCUCUUUGAGAUCGUCUUCCAGCUGCUGAACUACUUCACAGGGGUCUUUGCUUUCUCUGUCAUGAUAGGGCAGAUGAGAGACGUGGUUGGUGCUGCUACUGCAGGACAAACGUACUACCGGAGCUGCAUGGACAGCACCAUUAAAUACAUGAACUUCUACAGGAUCCCCAGGGCAGUGCAGAACAGGGUGAAGACGUGGUACGAGUACACAUGGCACUCCCAAGGCAUGCUAGAUGAGUCAGAGCUGCUGGUGCAGCUGCCGGACAAGAUGAGGCUGGACAUCGCCAUCGACGUGAACUACAACAUCGUGAGCAAAGUGGCCCUUUUCCAGGGCUGUGACAGACAGAUGAUCUUUGACAUGCUGAAGCGGCUCAGAUCAGUGGUGUACCUGCCCAAUGACUUCGUGUGCAAGAAGGGGGAGAUAGGCCGGGAGAUGUACAUCAUCCAGGCGGGACAGGUGCAGGUGCUGGGGGGACCCGACGGCAAAUCCGUGCUGGUGACUCUGAAAGCUGGAUCUGUCUUUGGGGAAAUCAGCCUGCUGGCAGCAGGAGGGGGAAAUCGCCGCACAGCAAACGUCGUGGCCCACGGCUUCGCCAACCUUUUCAUUCUGGAGAAGAAAGACUUGAACGAGAUUUUGGUGCAUUACCCGGAGUCCCAGAAGCUGCUGCGCAAGAAAGCCAAGAAAAUGCUGAGGAGCAACAACAAACCCAAAGAUGAGAAGGGAGGCCCCGGAGAUGCGCUGGUCAUCCCCCCGAAAGCUGAGACCCCAAAGCUGUUCCGGGCUGCCCUGGCGGCCACGGGGAGGAUGGGGGGCAAGGGGCCCCUGGGGCGGCUCCGCUGGAGGCUGAAGGAGCUGCAGGAGCUGCAGGCGAUGCAGGAGGCGCAGGCGAUGCAGGAGAUGCAGGAGGCGCAGGGUUGCAGUGUCAGCCCAACCCCACCGAAGUCACCGGUGCACCAGAGAUCUCCUGUGGCAUCCCGCAGAGCACAGACAGGCCUGGGAGGAGAAAUAUCCUCAGAAUCUCCUGAUCACUCAGUCACCAUCCGUGUGAUCUCCACAGCAAGAGAGGAUGAGGAAAUCCUUGCUGCUGAGAUUUCAGAGAAAGAUGAAAAGGAAGAAGAGCAAUGAAAGAGCAGCAGGGCCCAGGGCAGGCGUAGGAGUCAGGCAAAUGCCUGGGCCAGCAGAUUCUUGUUGUUAAUGAUUUCCAUGCAGUGGCUGUAGGUUUUGCUAUGUGCUGUGGGUAGGAUCUGCCUCUCUCUUCUGCCCAGACCCUCAAUCACUGCUGAUAAAACCCUCUGCCAUUUGACCCAGAACCACGUAAGGUUUCUCCACUCUGCAGAUCUAUUGAGCACCUUUAUGAAUUCCCCACUAAAUCUCAGGUCAGCCCUCUUGCUUUGUGGAAGGAGAGCUAUGGAAAAAUUGCUUUUUAUGGCUCUGGAUGGUUAAUGAGUGUUCAGACAAAGCAUGAAGAGUUAUUCACCUCUGACAGCUGAGUCACCACUUGGCUAGAAACAACCCAGGGAAAAAAAACCACAACAAGGUUUCUCUGUUGGGCUCAAGGUUGACAGCAGCAGUGGGGAGUGAUUCAUCUGAAAAGGAUGUGGGCUAUGCUCACAGGCCAAGCUUGAUUUGCUCACAGACCAAGCUGUCAUGAGAAUGCCAAGCUCACCCUCGUGGUGCCAAGACCACCUUGGCUUUGCCAUGGGAGGAAUCCUUGCUGGGAAGGUGGUGGGCUCUCCAUGACUGGGGGCUCUUAUGGGGAGAUUUGAUGAGCAUCCUUCAAGGAUGGAGAAGCACAGUCCUGGAUGAGAUAGAUGUUCCUGGAGGUUUUGUUUCCAGCCUUGGGAUUUUUCUGUGCUGCCACUGCUGGGAGGGAUAAACAGAGAGCAGGAAGGGAGAACUGAGCUGGUUCCCAGCUGGGAGGGGAAAGAGAAGUGCAGUGAGUGCUCUCCUGUCCCAGACAGUGUUUCAGAGUCAGCUCUGAGCCUGCCAUGUGCCAACAAGCAUUCAUGAGCACGCAGGGGCUCCCCUGCACUCCUUGCUGGACCUCAGUGCCAUCCUGUUACAGGAGCCCCCUCCAGCCAGGUCUCACAAGCUCUCAGAGGUCUAAAACACACCCAAGAUAGCUCAGCUACCUUUGGAGGCAUAAAAAUGAGCAGGAUGGCUUCCGCUGCAGUGUUGGAAACAAAAAGGUUUAAUAAAAUGCAAAAUAACAAACAGAGAAAAACCAAGCCAGGUGCCGGAGGUUCUUGCUCCUGGUAAAACAGCUCACAAAAGCGAUUGGUUUCUUUGUUCUCUUCUUUUUCUAGUCAAUUGCCCAGACAGGACCUUUUGGCUCCUGUCCAAGUAGCUAUCCUUAAGUUUGAGGUGAAGUCCCCCAGGUCUAUGAGAUGUCUUUUCACCUAAUUGAAGAGAGAAACUUCUGGGCUCCUUUCCUUUUUGAGGGGACAAAGGAGAGUUCUGUCACUCCAUCAACAGGGGACACAUUCCUGUAGCAUCCCCAUUUCCAGGAGGCAAUUCCCAGCCCUUCAGCCCCCUCAGACUGGCUCCUGGCCACGUUUCCCACGGAGAGAAGCCACUCUGGUGCUGCUCAUCACUGAAAUCAUGAAGCCACUGCCCCAGCUGUGCUGGAGGGGAAGGCAAACACCUGCUCAGCAUCACCCAGCUGAUGGCUCAAGGUGCCCCACCGGCUCCCUCCUCACCCUCCUCAAGCCAGCACCCAGCAGAGUGAGCUGACAGGGCUGAGGAGCAGUGCAGGAGGCCGGGCUGGGUGAGGUUUGCAGAUCCUCCCCAAGUUUUGGCUGUCCAUUCCCACAGACAGGAGCCGCUUUCCAUCCUGUGCAGGAGCAGCUGGGGCAGGUUUGCUGCAGGGAGCAGCCCUGUCCCCGUGGCCGAGGCACUCCCAGGGGCUCAGCAGGUGCAGUGAGCAGAGCUGCAGGUUCCACAGGUCUG